GUUCCUGUUUUGCCAAUCGGUGAAGAGAAAAGAUAUCAGUGUCGAACUAUUUCAAAUCGACAUGAGGGGAUUGGCGAUUAUUCCUUUCUUGGCUGCUACGGCAUUUGCCGCUCCCAAUUAUGCACCAGCUCCCCAGAACGCAGCUGGUCCUCCAUUAGCGAGUUCUUACGGUAACUACGUAAGCCCGACCGGAGUUAGAGCGCCAUCAAAUAUUGACGAAGUUCAGAAGGAAUGGAACAAAUUCAUGGAGAAGCUGCCUUGGCUCAAGGGACCACCUGGACCACCUGGACCACCCGGAGCAUCUCCUAGCGCAGAUCAAGACACCAGUUACGGACCUAGCUACAAACAACGUCAGCAAGUGAUUGUGGGUCCUCCUGGUCCAGCUGGUCCAGCCGGCGCACCCGGAGCAAAGGGAGAAGCCGGAUACGCUGGCAAUCCUGGAAUGAAUGGCGCAGCUGGGGCUGUAGGCGCUCCUGGAUACGAUGGCGCUCCUGGCGCAAAGGGAGAUAAGGGCGCAGCAGGUUACAACGGAGCUCCUGGUCCCGCCGGUGUAGAUGGUUACCACGGAGUCAAGGGAGAGCGUGGAUUCACCGGAGCACCAGGCCCAAUUGGAGCUCUAGGAGCACCAGGCAAAGAUGGUUACAAUGGCUUGAAUGGAGCCCCAGGACCCAAAGGUGAACAAGGCCCAGUUGGUCCGACUUUGAUCUCAACCGUUCCCGGUCCCGUUGGCGCUCCGGGUCCCGCUGGUAAAGACGGAUGGCCCGGUUUCCCUGGCGCUCCCGGCCCUAUUGGCGAAAUUGGCGCUCCUGGCCCAAUCGGACCUGUUGGAAAACCUGGAACGAAUGGCUUCAGCGGAGGUCCUGGCCCUAAAGGUGAAGCUGGCAAUCCUGGUUUCAAUGGAAUGCCUGGCAAGGACGGACUCAACGGAGCACCAAGCACUCAACCCGGCCCAAUGGGACAAAUGGGACCUGUUGGACCAGCUGGUUUCAACGGCGCACCAGGAAAAGACGGUUUCCCCGGUAAAACAGGUCCCCCAGGCAGGGAAGGAUUAAACGGACAACCUGGCCCCGCUGGUGAUGUUGGACAACCUGGUAAACCUGGCAAAGAUGGUUUCAUCGGUUUCCCCGGCUUCCCAGGAGCACCAGGUGCUCCUGGGCCAGUAGGAGCCGAAGGCCAACCCGGCCAACUAGGCAGACCUGGUAGCCCUGGACCGAUGGGACCGGUUGGCGAUAUGGGACCUCAAGGCAAUCAAGGCGCACCCGGCUUCAUUGGCGCCCCUGGUCCGAUCGGACCUAAAGGCGCAUUCGGAGCUCAGGGUAGCCCAGGACCAACAGGACCUCAAGGAAUCGCAGGAUCGCCCGGCUUUACCGGCGCUCCCGGUCCUACUGGACCCCAAGGCAGUCCCGGAUCUCCUCCACCUGUGGGAGCUCCAGGACCCGGUGCUCCACUUCCCAUGGGCGCUCCAGGACCCGGUGCUCCAUCUCCCAUCGGCGCUCCAGGACCCGGCGCUCCAGGGCCUGGUGCUCCAGUCUACUAUGAUUCUUCCGCUCAACAGACCACUUUUCAAGCGCAGCAGCCAUCUUACUCCGGCUGAAAUAAUUUUUAAAAAUCUACUUUGAUUCACCAAGUGCUCGACUUGACAUUCAGACAUCUUCAGAGAAAGACAAAACAACAGCAAGAAAAUUUACUAUAUGACUGCUUCCUAUAUACAUUCCCUUUCGCUACAAAAAUGGUGUUGACUCAUUCACAUAAUUUUGUUGGUAUGAAAGAUAUUAAGUAUUGAAUAUACAACGUACACAGACAAA